CCCAAAUACCCGAUCAACCCAGAUGAGAGGAAGCCGUCAUCUAACGACUGGUCACAGAAAUAGAUUCCAGCAACUUUACUGUGCUAUCCCAAACACGCAGUCGACCUGGAUAUCAUCUUUGAAUUCUUGAGGGUCCAGUUUUGUUCGAAAUCUGAAUUUUGAGAAGAAAUCAUGGCUUUCUUGGCAACAGCCGAAGUUUGUGAUUCUAAUGCAGCAUAUCUUGCGAGUGGUGACUUGCGGGUCCUGCAUCCCAAUUUCCAGAUCUUUGGGCAAUGCCGUGCAUUUUCUGGCCCCAUUGUUACUCUAAAGGUGUUCGAGGACAAUGUGUUAGUGAGGGAGAUUCUUGAGACCAGAGGCGAAGGCCGAAUCUUGGUGAUAGACGGCGGUGGAAGCAUGAGAUGUGCCUUGGUCGGAGGGAAUUUGGUGCAGCUAGCUCAGAAUAUGGGCUGGGCUGGCAUUAUCGUCAACGGUUGCAUUAGAGAUGUAGAUGAGAUCAACGGGUGUGACAUUGGGGUCAGAGCUCUGGCAACACACCCCCAGAAACCCAACAAGAAGGGCAUGGGUGAUAAACAUGUUCCUGUGUAUGUUUCUGGAACCUUAAUCCGUGACGGGGAAUGGUUGUACGCAGAUAGCGAUGGGGUCCUCAUUUCCAGAACUGAGCUCUCCAUCUGAUUGAGCGAGUCGGCUCCUCCACUUGGGCUGUGUUUGGGUUCUUGGAAUGUGCAGGUUUGAACCUUAUGCUUUGGAUCAUUUACUCUCCAAAUGAUUUGCUUUACAUCCAAAUUGUGAGCUUGAAACAUGGUUGUGCAUAGUUUUGCUUUGUUUAUAUAGUGGUGAAACAUGAACUGCUGAAAUCAACAUUUAGAUACCUCAAUUGUUGGUUUUG